AUGGCCCCCGACUACCAAUUCGAAGGAUGGAUGGGGGAGGAUGAGUCCUCUGCCGAGGGCAACAUGGUCUGGGAAAAAUACGACCCCAAGAAGUGGGAAGAGACAGAUAUCGACAUUCGGAUCACCCACUGCGGCAUCUGUGGCUCCGACAUACACGUCCUUCGCUCUGGAUGGAGGCAAGCCCCGUACCCCGUCGUCGUGGGCCAUGAAAUUGUUGGCGUCGCCGUCCGCGUCGGUUCCAAAGCCGAGGGCGGCAUCCAGGUCGGCGACGUCGUCGGCGUCGGCGCCCAGUCCGAGUCGUGCCUCAACAACGACCCCGACUACGACUGCGCCGAGUGCGCCGACGGCAGCGAAAACUACUGCACGAGAAAUGCCCCGACCUACGGCUCCAAGUUCCGCAACGGCGACAAGACCCAGGGCGGCUACGCCCGCUACCACCGCUGCCCCGCGCACUUUGUCUUCAAGAUCCCCGACGGCCUGGCCCCCGAGUUUGCCGCGCCCCUGCUCUGCGGCGGUGUCACCGUCUACUCGCCGCUCAAGCACUUUGGCGCCGGCCCCGGGAAGCGUGUCGGCAUCGUCGGCGUCGGCGGCCUCGGCCACUUUGCCGUGCUCUUCGCCAAGGCCCUCGGCGCCGACGAGAUUGUCGGCAUCUCGCGCAAGGCCAGCAAGAGGCAGGAGGCUCUCGACCUCGGCUGCACGGAUUACAUUGCCACCGCCGACGACGAAGGCUGGGAGACCAAGAACGCGCGCAGGCUGGAUCUCAUCAUCUGCACCGUGUCUUCCGCCAAGAUGCCCUUUUCCGGAUACGUCGGACUCCUCAGGCUGGACGGCACGCUUGUGCAGAUCGGCCUUCCGGAGGGCGAGCUGCCGUUUCGCCCCGGCGUCCUCACGGGGGCGCGACGCCGUAUUGCCGGCUCCGGCAUCGGCUCGCCCAGCGAGAUCCGAGAGAUGCUGCAGCUGGCCGUCGACAAGGACGUCAAGCCGUGGGUGGAGAAGCGGCCCAUGUCCGAUGCGAACCAGGCCAUUAUUGAUUUUGAGGCCGGCAAGCCGCGAUUCCGCUACGUCCUGAUCAAUUAG